UCACCACCCUCACCAUCAUACCUCCUCCCGCUCCUCCUCUCCCCCAAAGCCAUCCACACCCUCAAACACAAGCUCAACCUCCUCCUCCGCCACCACCACCCCAAACCCACCACCAUCCACUCCCUCUACAUCUACCCCAUAAAAUCCUGCCGGGGGAUCCGCCUUCCCCACACUACCCUGCACAAGCACGGCCUCUCCCUCGACCGCCGCUGGAUGUUUAUCGACGCCAAAACCAACCAAUUCCUCACCAUCCGACAAGACUCGCGCAUGACGCUUAUCACAACAGCCCUCUCCCCAGACUCCUCCCACCUCAUCAUCACCAUCCCCUCUUUCUCCAAAGACAAGGAGAUCUCCCUCCCUACGGACCCCACCCCCGCCUGGCUCGCGCAACACACUACCCUCGAACACGUCACUAUCUGGGACACAGUAACAGAUGCGUAUGCAUAUGGCCCGGACGUCAAUGCCCUGUUCAGUGAAUUCCUCGGUCGAGAAGUGAAGUUAGUGUUUAAGGGCCCGGAGCGCCGCAUUCUGCGUGGGAACGGCGCCCCGGAGAUCCUGGGUAGAGAGCAGGAUACGUAUUUCCCGGAUGUGCAUCCUGUGUUGAUUGCCUCGGUGGCGUCGAUUGAGGAGUUGAAUGGGCGGUUGGUGCAGGGUGGGAAUGAUCCCAUUACGAUUGAGAGGUUCAGGCCGAAUAUUGUGGUUACCGGAGAUGUGCCGUGGGAGGAGGAUUCGUGGAAGGUGGUGAGGAUUGUAGGGGGUACUGUGGAAUUGGAUGUCGUGGCUAGGUGCGCUAGGUGUCAGGUUCCGAAUGUUGAUCCUGAUACGGCGGAGAAGCAUGGUCGGCAACCGUGGGACACGCUUAUGAAGUAUAGGCGUGUGGAUGAGGGGAUCAAGUUCAAGCCUUGUUUCGGGAUGUUGAGUGCGCCCAGGCACGAGGGGAGGGUGGAGGUCGGGAUGGGGUUUGAGGUUGUGGAGGUUACGGAUGGACAUCGGUAUAUCAAGGGUUUCUAA